AUGAUACGUGAGGGUCCUGUUGGUUGUGCUGGAGCUGGCAAUGCUAGCGGAUGGAUGCAGGAUGCAGAAUUUUUACUGUUUCUACAACAUUUUAAAAGACAAGUCAAGCCCACAGUUGAUCAAAAAUGUUUGUUACUGCUCGACAAUCAUGCAUCACAUAUAUCUAUUCAAGCUAUAGACUUUUGUAAAGAAAACGGAAUAGUACUGCUAUCAUUUCCACCUCAUUGCAUCCACAAGCUUCAGCCUUUGGAUAGAGCAGUAUUUGGGCCAUUUAAGAAAAUGAUAAACAAAGCUACAGACAACUGGAUGCGAAAUCAUCCUGGUCGAACGAUGACUAUUCAUUACAUUCUUGGUAUUGUUAAAGAAGCAUUUCCUCUUUCUGUAACUGAUAAAAAUGCAAUUGCUGGAUUUUCCUGUACCGGUAUAAGUCCAUUCAAUAGGAAUAUAUUUACUGCUGUUGACUACGCGCCAUCAUCUGUGACUGACCGGCCGUUACAAGUUAACAGAGAAGUUUCACCAAACGAUAUGUUGAUUAGUUCUGACGCAACGUCAUCCAUUCAAGUUGAUCCAAGUACUCCAGUUGGUGAUCUUCCAACAUCAGUUGACCAGAAUGUUCACCGUACACAUAGCAAUGAUUUAUCAAACAAAUCAAACAAUAAUGACCAAUCACCGGCUGUUCAAAAUAUACCGGACCUCAUAUCUGCUACCACUGAUCUUCUGUCAGCUAACUAA